UGGAGGAAAGCGCCGUCAAUUCGCUGAGGGGCGCUUCCUCCGACGGUUGUCCGGGAAACCGCAGAACGCGGUCGGAGCGCUGAGAGGAGGCGUGCGUCGUUCGAGCUCCGGGCCGGAUCGAUGGCGGCGGGGCUGCUGGGCGGCUUGGGGUCGGAGCGAAGACUUGCCCGCUCGGUGGCUCAUCGGCUAAAGUAUUACAUUGAGGUGCAGAGAAGGGAAAACUCCUUCCAGUCAUCUGGCAGCCCCUGGGAUGGGGCUGAAAACUUAUAUUUGUACCCUGCUUAUCUGAUGGAGCACAGGAAAAAGGAGCAUAAUUUUGCCAAGAUUAAGCUGGAAGCAUUCCUCCGUGCCUAUAUUGGCAAUGCUGAAGAAUGUAAUAGGAAAGUCCAGGGAAACCUGGCCAAGCAAAAGGAUGUGGAAAAGCUUAUUAAAAAGAUGGCCCAAGAUUACGUACCUGACAGAAUGAAUGAGGUAAAAAUGAAGAACUUGACAAGGCAAAACAAGCUGCCAUGCAGCCUCUCCAAAUUAUAUUUGAAUGCUGUCCCACGCAUGGCGCCAGAAGAAGUCAAAAGGCUGGUUUCAUCCGCAUCCAAGCUAAUCGUUGCUGCGACUUCUGAAAUCUCUCCAGAAGAACCAGAAACAGCUCAAGAACUUAAGAGAAGAGAGACAAAAAGCAUUAAGAGUUUCAACAGUGGCCACAAGGAGGUUUUUGCCUCCACCCUUUCUCAUGAGAGUGAAGGAAGAAGAGGCAAACAGAAUCAAACAAGACAAAGUGAAAAAGACACAAAGAGGAAAAACAAAGCUUCAAAUGCUUCCAGCACCUCUCCUGCUAAAUCUAAGAGAAUUUUUCCCACGGCUGCUUGGAAUGCUCAGCAGAAGAAUGUUGCACCCUCUUUGCAAAGUGCAGAGGAUGUUGGUGCACGUUCUUAUAUGCCGCUUAAAAUCAGAAGGCAGGAGUCCUCUUCCAAAGCUGGUGAAAAUGUUUCAAGCAAGAACUGUCCAUCUAGAAAUGCUCUGGCUGCAAGGUCAAGCCAAACACUUAGAUCCAAAGCCUAUGCAGGUGGGUUUCGAUGCUCAGUUGUCUUGAAGACCAAAGAACAGCAAGCGCUGAAAGGAAACUCUGCUCACCCCUCUGCCGAAUCGACUGUGGAGAUUUACAGCAACCAGCAUUCAAAGGCCAGAAAAAAGAUCAAACAGCAGUCCAGUUCUGAAAUGAUUUCCAGGCCCUCUAUACUGAAAAGGGCCAGCGGUCCAAGGCACAACCAAAAUGAUGUCAGAGAAAAGCUUGUGAAAUGCACUCAAAGUAACGGGUCUCCAAAAGGCGAACAGGAAGGGUGUGAUUCACUAUGCCGAACCACCUCCAAAUGCCAUCAGGUCAACUUUUCCGAUGGGGAAUCUCUUGGCUGGGAGAGGGGUAAUGUAGGAGGCUAUGAUGAUGAUGAUGAUGAUGCAAUUGCACCUUACCCAGAGAAAUCCAGUGGGCUUGACAGUGAUUGUAUGUCUACUGUCCAGCAAGGACCAUCUUUUCUUCACGAGCUUUGCCAGGAAAUGACUCAAGACAUACCUGCUGAUCGGACCAGGAACGAAUCGAUGGUUGUAGAUGGAAAUGCAGAAAAUCCAAGGGCGUGUAAUCUUUUAAACCAGCCAUUCUCCCUGAGCGAGCCAAGAGACCCCAGUGCAGAGGACCACACCAAUAGUCUGCGAAGACAAGAGGGCACGCUCGAAGAGUCCUGUAAACAAGAGGUGAUCUGUAUCCCACCGAUGGCUCCAGAACUACCAACUUACUGCGUGUGUGAGAUCAAGGAAGAGCAAGGGGUUGGAUUUCCUGGGGAAACUACAGCUUUUUCAAAAAGCUCGGACAGUGAACAAUCCGAAGAGGAGUUCAGCCUCUCGUCUCUCUCGAGCAGUGCCAGAUCCUUCAGCAGUUUAUGCGAGCAGAUGGGUGAAAAUGUGACACAGGAGAAGGGUUUUAACUCCAGGAUGGAAACAUUUCUUCAGAAACUUCUGAAGGCUCCAGAAAUUGGCACCACCCAGCAGGAACUGUCCCAUCAACAUGAAAAACAGAAGGCCCCCGAUGAAAAGGCAAAUACUGAUCAUGGAAACGAGGAUAUCUUUUCCAGACAAGUAGCUUAUUUUUCUGUUUCCCCAAAUCUUUUCAGCUCAGACCCCCAAUCCGAAAACAGGUUUUAAAACCGAGUUGUGCCUAAUUAUGUUAAGAAUGCUAUUUACUGCUUAGCCUAAUCCAAUUUAACACAGUAUUUUCAGUGUUCAUAGCAGUCAAAUAAUCAAGCUAUCAGUUCUGUAAUGUAUUUUUAUGAUG